AUGAACGAUAGCGUCGAUUCGCGAUUGACGACCCCAGAAUGCCGUGGUUCCAAGCAUGUGUCAUGUGGUGUCUCGGUGAUUGCAUUCUUCGGCAUAUUUCUCCUCCCAAUGGUUAUGUUAUCCACUCUGAUCACCACCAUUAUUAUUGUAACGAAUAACGAACUCUGUAAGUAUUUGAGCAAACCAUCGGCAUUGAGGAUCACAGACGCGGCUAUUGAUCUGUUCGUGGAGUAUGAGUGGUUCCGAUUAAUUCCACUUGAGGCUCAAAAGCUGAUGCAACUGCGGGCACCAAAACAAAUUCUGAAUGGACUUCUCUACAAGUGUCAACCGAAAUCUGAGACCGAUUUUAUACCGCUGAUUCCAGCACUUGGUCUUGAUAACCUGGUCAACGUGACCACUAUCCUGGAUCAUAUUCUGAAUGCAAAUAUAUUAGAGAAAGCCGGACAAAAGAUGAUGAAGAAAAUUCUUAAAGCUGACUUUGUUUCCUACAUACAAAGAGAUAUGAACAACAUUUUACCGACUGCCGAUAAUGUGCUUGAAAUUCUGGAUGACAUUAGAAACAUGGUGAGCAUUGGUAAAUUGUACGAGUGCAUACUUAAUGCAUAG